GUACAGCCGCAGCCGGCUGGCUCAUCGCCAAAGCAGGAGUUUUCUUCGUUUCCUCCACGAACUCCUCUUGCUGUGCGCAUCUCCAAGUACGUGGCGUUCCAUCAGCUGUCUGCGGCAAAGCUGAGAGAGCGCUUAUCCGAGCAAGAGCAAGGGAGUAAACAUCAGGACAAUGGCAAAGUCAAGAUGCUGGUUUACAGCUGCCAGCCUUUCGCGCAAUGCGGCGGUCACGGGGAUCGUCUGAAUGGCAUUAUCACAGCCUUCCUCCUUGCGGUCCUCACUGGUCGGGCUUUCUUCAUCGACUCAGAGAGUCCGCUUCCCCUUCAGCUUCUGCUGCAGCCGCGUGGUAUUGACUGGCGAGUGUAUGGAGGCUUGCAGGCCACUGCGGGACUCCGGCAUAUCUCCUACCACGACAAGCGCUGGCAGUUCGAGGCUGACCUGGGCAAGCUCACCUCCUUUGAGGAAGAGGUUCUUGUCAUCAACAUGAACUAUCGCAUGAUCCGAUCCCUGUUCGAGGCUCCUGCGCUCAGCAAGGCUUCUCGGAAGCUAGGCCUGCCGGGCUCAGCGCCGCCCUUCCUGGCCGCCGAGAUCUUUGAUGUGCUAUUUGCGCCCACGCAGCUGCUCCGACAAGAGGUGCAUUCUCUUCGCACUGAGCGAGCGCCUGAGCACUUGGAUAGCUAA